UUGGUUGUUUCUGCCUCAUCUAAGGUUAAUUCUUUCAAAUGCUAUGGUGAGAUAGUGACAAUUGAGAGAAACCUCACUGGUUUAGCUAGUAGCGUUGACUCUGAGCUGAAGUUGAAGGCAACAGAAAUGUUGCAGAAGUUUUUGAAGUAUUGGGAAGGGAUCAAGGGUGUCAACAAGAUGUUGAUCUUAGCAACCAUCUUCGACCCUACACAGAAGAUGCACUUCGCGAAGCUUUGUUUUGAGAAGCUGUAUGGGAACGAUAGCUUGGAGGCAAAGGCAAUGACAAAGUCCGUGACUGAUCUUCUCACAUCCAUGUUUAAGGAGUACAACACCCGUUUCAAAGUGUCAUCUGUACAAGCAUCGCAACCAACUGAAGCCACUGCCGUCUCUGCUCAAGACUCUCAAGAACAAGGAGUGGAAAGAAUGGAACUGGUGGUUGAGGAUUUCGGUUAUGAAAGGAUGGAUGCUGUGUACAAGGAGCUUGUUGCAGAAAAAGGUGAUGAUACUAGGGAUGAGCUUGAAGUAUACUUGAAGGAGGCGGUUGAGAGCCCAAAGCUCUUACCGGGAAUGGAGUUUGACAUUUUGUCUUGGUGGAAGGUGCAUAAAAUGAAGUACCCAGUCCUUGCAGAGAUGGUGAGAGAUCUGUUGGCUAUGCAGGUUUCAUCAGUUGCAUCAGAAAGUGCUUUCAGCACAAGUGGGAGGAUUUUAGAGCCUUAUAGAUCCUGCUUGACUCACUACAUGAUAGAGGUUCUAAUGUGCACUGAGCAAUGGCUUCAAGCUGACAUCAAGCUUAAGGAAACCAUCAUCACAAAUGAGCAAAUACUUGCUGAUGUUGAAGAGUUUGAUAAGCUUGAGAAAGAGUUUGAAGCUCACCAUAUUGAUGCUUGAAGUCUGGACUCUGAAGGUUUCUCGGCUGGAGAUUGUGCUUUGAAAGACUUUGUUUUUUUUUCAUUAAUAUAUGCUGCUUUCUGUUUGGUUUUGGUGUUUGGAUAAUGGU